AUGGACCAAGGCGUGGCGAUCGAAGACAUCCAGAGCAAUACGGGAUCUAAUCUCCUACCACCAUCUGUAAGUCGAGAUCAAGUGCAGAACGUAGCGCACAACUCUCCUCGUCAAGGCCAAUCCCUGAUUCCUGUGUGUAUGAAGACUGUAGGAGUGCAACAAGACACCGCAGGGCCCUCAAGCCAGCCCGCAAACCAAGAAGUCAAACAGAAACCUGACCGAGAGAAACCGUCAGAGGAACAACUUGCGAAACUCGGUGUCAAAGUCAGGGAUUUUGCAUAUGAAAGCAAGCUCCCUCCUGUCCGAACGAUCUAUCUCCAGCCCCGUCAAGUUCAACCCAGUGCGCCACAGGGUCUCCAACGCGAAGAUACGGAGGAAGAUGAAUCAUUUUCGCAGUCGCAAGGUGUACGCUCACUAGAAAGAACCAACACUGAGCCUACGGUCGCAGCCGCGCCUCCAUCACGAACGCGCGGCUUUCUAGACCUCGCCAACUAUACCCUGGACAGUAAUAGCCUCGACUCUCAGACGCCUAUGGCGUAUCCUGAAUCCCAAGCGAGCGCAGGGCUGCCAGAAAUCGUCUUCGAGUCGCAAGACUCUGACAUGCCACCAAACGACACGGCAAUCGUGACGCCAAACGGGUCGUUUCAGUGGGAUGUUGAGGACACAAGCGAUACUCCUGCCUCGCAGCUUGACACGGAGUCUCAAGCGCCAGAGCCAGAAAUAAUUUCAUAUUCGCAGCUCGGGUUUUCACAACCGUCAGAGCCGUCUUCGCAGCCUGCUCCUUCAGAAGGCGACAUAUCCUUACUCAAUUGCUCGCCACUGACACCGCUUCCAUCAUCGCCUUCAAAUGCUGCUCCCUCCCCUUUGGCCCUGCGAAAAUCCACCUCCUCAAUUUUGUCGCAAAGCUGCGUAUCGUCUAGUAAUUCUCCCAAAGCCCGCUCAAACUCCAAUACCGGCAUUGUUGCUUCGCCUCGGUACAAUUUACGGAAGCGGACUAUUUCCGCGGUUUCUCGCCACACCCCUCCUAAGGCGCCUAAACGUGCCCGAGUUUCGAUGCUUCCAGGUGGAUCAGGGGUACCUGCACAUCUGAAGACCGUUGGUGUACAACCCAUCAAGCCAGGAAAGAAGGCGAAAGGAAAAGAGACAGCCACCAACUCGAGUGGACGACGAAGGAAGGCACGCACCUAA